UCGCGAUGUUCCAAAAUAUUAAAUUUGAGUAUCGAAUGGAGGGCAACAAAGUAAAAAGACUAUGUAUGGCAAUGAACUGUCAUGCAAGUGGCUUGCAAGAUUUUGACAAUUUAUACAGAUUUCCCAAAAAUCCAGAGCUCAAACAAAAGUGGCUUGAAAACCUGGGUCUUACUAGAGAUCGAAUGCUGUCGUCGUCUCGAUCCCUAAUAUGCCAACGACACUUCACUGCAGCUUGCCGAGGAAAGAAAAGGUUAUUUUCCUGGGCGGUGCCAACACUAAACUUGGGCACAGGAUCAACAAAAAAGCUACAUCAACCAAUAAAGCCGAAAGAUUUACUGCGAAAAUGUUGUGUUAAAAACUGCAAUUCAAAACCUCCAGAAAUAUUGCAUGCGUUUCCUAUGAAAACGGACACACGACGCAACUGGUUAAAGCUCUGCGGAUUGAGUGACAUGAGAAAAGGAUACUACAUAUGCCAGAGACACUUUUCAGCACGUUUCUUGCAUGGCAAUAAACUUUUGCCAGAUGCAUAUCCCGACUUAAGCAUUGAAGAUCCGAUUGAAAUGGAAGAGUAUAACUAUGAGAAUGAUGCCGACAAUGAACCUGAAAUUGACACCAAAUUCAGUAAUGCAGACGAUGAUUCAUUUGAUCAGCCAUGUGAAGGAAACUGCAUAAAUAGUGUAAAUACUGAUAACAAGUGUGCUGAAAUGCAGAAAGAAAUGGAUGCGAUGAGAAAAAGGAUAAAAUUGCUGGAGAAACUGCUUGACCAGAACAACGAUAGUGAGGAAGAGGAGUACAUAUGGAUGCUGCUCAAAUGA